UAUGCUAAAUAAGUUUUCAACAUUCGUUGUCCGACCUCAAAAUCUAUCAUUCCAUACAAAUCCCCCCUUCGAGAAAAAAGCAUAAUUUGGAAAAGACGAAUAUCUAAAAAAUGGACGAAAUGGUGCGUAUGCAGGCGGGCGAUGGCAAGUCGGUCCGGGCGCCCUUUGGGCUCCUUGAUCGCUCCAAGGUUAUCCAAGGCAUGGGCCGCCGCAUCAGGCCAUCGUUCGCCAGCACCAAGGACAAUGACAAGGACAAUGGCAAGAAUCCUGGCAAGGACAAUGAUGAUGAAGAGGUGAUGCCUUUGCAUGGAAUCAAAAGUCUGGAGGUGCUCCUCAAGGUGCUUCUGUGGGCCGAGUUCCAUGUAAAAGACGAUGAGCCCGCCUGGGUGGCCAAGGUAGAGCCAGUGACGGCCUAUGAGAUGGAACUACAGGUUGAUGACUGGGACAAGGAGUUUCUGCGCGAAAAGAUCGAGUUCGUGUGCGCUUUGAUGGAGGCCGCAGAUUACCUGGACAUUCCCUGGCUCUACAAAUUGGCUGCCUACAAGAUCGCCUUGCAUUGCCGCCGCAUCAAGCAUGCUGUCAAUGGAUUGAAACAAUGUCAGGAGAAGAUCCACUCCAUGGCCAUGUUCGAGUGGACAGGAGAGACCAGUGAGCCGGAGAGCCUGGAGAAAAUUCCCACCGAGAAGCCCGUAUAUGAUACAACUCCCAGUGUCCACGUGGUGGUCAUCAAUUGUGCCAUUGUUCGUCAAGGAUAGUUAUUGCUGGCGAAUCGCAUAAGAAGGGACGCGUUGAUUUUCUUCUUUAUUUUUUAGGACAAAUUCGACGGGACUAGAUGAUAUGUUUUUAUUCAUAACCAUUAACUGUUCUAAAAUGUUUUCUAAAUGACCAGCUGCCCGGCACAUUUAUAAUGAUCCAAAUUAUGGUGUAGCUGUAAAUUGUAUAUUUGCAAAUUAAUUAACAAAAAAAAACCAACGUUA